ACUCAAUCCUUGGGCAAGGAAAGUAGACGAUUAGCAAUCUUACUCAUACUCAUUCUAAUCAUGAUUAUUACUCACAGUAUCUUGAUGAGUAGACAGAAUGCGACGGUGGGGCGAUAUGGGUCGGUCGGAUCGCCACAGCGGCAGUUCUGAGUUUACCCGACGUUUGUUUUUAAGGAUGAAGAAUGCCUGAGACGGAGUCAUGAUACCUUGAAAAAUUGCUUUUUUGUUUUUUUGUUUUUUUCGCUUUUUUCUCUCUCGCUUUUUGCUCGCUCUUCCCUUUUUCUUUUUUCUCACCAUGAGCGAAGCCAUCGCUGAGAAGACGUCGCCGUCGCCGUCGUCACCCAUGGAUCGCCCUCCCACCUCCGCUUCAAACAGGAGCUCCGCCACGAGCAGCGGCAGCAGCAGCUCGCUCGAAUUCCACCAUGCGCCGUUGCAGGGAUUACAAUCGCGUACUACACAGCCCGAUCUGGACCUCGAGCGUCUACGGACCACCACCUCGCUGGCGCUGAGCCGGCGCGAGACCCAGCGCCUGCAGCAUUCCUUGACCGUCGGCCGCAGCAUCGCCUCGCGGCGCUCCAAGGGGGAGCUGCCCCCGUUCGGAGGAGGGAAGCCGUAUCCUCCCCAGCUACCAGAUAUCGAGGACUAUGUCGUUGAUUUCGAUGGGCCGGAUGAUCCAUUAUAUCCUCAGAACUGGCGGCUAGGGACCAAAGUGUAUAUCAGCGCCAUGCUUGCCUUUACCAGUAUCUGUUCGACCUUCGAUUCUGCCAUUUUCAGUGAGGCCACGGAGAGCGUCGCUGCCACGUUCCACGUCGGUCUCGAGGUCUCGAUCCUGUCCAGCUCGCUAUACAUUGCCGGGUACGCGACGGGCCCGUUGCUGUGGGCGCCUCUGUCGGAGCUCAAUGGCCGGCGCCUGCCCAUCCUCAUAGCCAUGCUGGGAUUUGGCAUCUUCAACACGGGCGUUGCGGCCGCAAAGGACCUGCAGACGGUCAUGAUCUGUCGGUUUUUUUCCGGGAUCUUUGGCAGUUCGCCGCUAGCCGUGGUGGCGGCCAUCUUCUCCGACAUCUACGACAACCGCACGCGCGGCGUUGCCAUCGCGCUCUUCUCCAGCACCGUCUUCCUCGGCCCGCUGCUGGCCUCCUUCAUCGGCGGGUUCAUCGAUACCUCCUACCUGGGCUGGCGCUGGACGGCCUAUCUCCCCGCCAUCAUGGGCUACGCCGCUUUCGUGAUGAACCUCUUCUUCCUCAAGGAGUCCUACCCGCCUGUCGUCCUCGUCCAGAAGGCCUCCGAGCUACGCCGUCGCACCCGCAACUGGGGCAUCCACGCCAAGCAGGAGGAGAUCGAGGUCGACCUGCAUGACCUGCUGGUCAACAACUUCUCCCGCCCGCUGCGCCUGCUCGUUAGCGAGCCGCUCAUCCUUGCCGUCACCAUCUACCUCAGCUUCAUCUACGGACUACUCUACUGCUUCCUCACCGCCUACACCCUCGUCUUCGAGGGCAAAUACGGCAUGUCCCCCGGUGUCGCCGGCCUCACUCUUUUCGGCAUGGUCGCCGGUCUUUUCAUCGCCGCCUCCUUCAUGAUCUUCUUCCUCAACGGCUCGUACAUCCGCAAGCUAGAAGCCAACGGCGGCGUGCCCGUCCCCGAAUGGCGUCUCCCGCCCGUCAUCCUCGGCGGCGCUCUCUUCGCCGCUGGUCUCUUCUGGUUCGGUUGGACUGGCUACACAGGCACCAUCCACUGGAUUGUGCCUACUCUUAGUGGCCUGUUUACCGGGUUUGGCCUUUUGAUCAUCUUCAUCCAGCUCUUCAACUAUCUGAUCGACACCUAUCUCAUGUUGUAAGUUUUUCUUUUUCUUUUACCCCUCAUCUGUCUGUAAUGUUACUCUGAGGCUAAAUUAUUUAGUGCUGCCUCUGCCAUUGCAGCCAACACAUUCUGCCGCUCAAUGGUAGCGGCAAGCUUCCCCCUCUUCUCGCGCCAGAUGUUCGACAACAUGGGCAUCCAGUGGGCGUCCACCCUGCUCGGCUGCGUGGCAGCCGCCCUGGUCCCCAUCCCUGUCGCGUUCUACUUUUACGGCAAACGGUUACGCAUGAAGAGCAAGUUUGCGCCCUUUACUGAAAAGGUGCAGGAGAUGGGCGCAGAGGAGCAGAUGGAGGAACGCGGGGAGGGCAUCCAGGCUGAAGAAGAUGAGGCCAGGUAAACAGUGAACAGUGACAAUAUCUGGUGAUGUGUCUUGCAUGGAGUGGAGUUUGUAUAUAAAUAUACCCUGCAUGGUUUUGUAAUAUAACUG